CAGGCGUCAGCGAUAACUCUGCUGAACAGAAUCUUCCAGAAAUGGUCUCCGUCUGAGAAAGAGAGCACCAAAAGCUUGUGUGACAACUUGGGGCAUUACAUGAAGAGUCUUUGUAAUGCACACACAACAAUUGAAUACCUAGACCACUCACGUCCUCCCAUGGUCAAGGUAUUGGAGCUGAUUUCAGAGAAUUUGAUUCACAUCUUAAAAGGAGAGCUGAAGGAGAAAUUCCCUGCAGGCAGCUGCAGAGACACCGAUCCUCUUCUUCUGGGCUUGUCUGUUUUCAUGGUUACCAGAAAUUGUAAGAUCAACCUUGGAAUAAGAGGCUGGGAAGAUCUUUGUUACCUGGUGUCCUCAGAGGCCGCAAUGGACAAGAAAAGCCUGGAGGGCUCACUCAGUCAUUUCCAAAAUCUACCAUACACUGUGUUGGCUCUGAUGAAUCACUGUGCGCAGCAGAUGGUAUCUGAGCUCGUCUUGCUCAUUCCUCUGCUCUUCAAACUCAGACAGCCAGAAGCUGAUGCAAAGAAAGUGGGUCCAAGUGUUGAAGAAGAGAACUGGUCAGGACUAAAAGGUGCCCGCUUCUUCAGGUUCAGAGAGAAUAUUCAGUCCCACCCUGAAAAAAGAAGGAUAAUUCUGUCUUUGAUCAAGUCACGCUUACCUUUGGCUAAAGAGACGCCUCUGCUUCUGACUGGCUGGUUAUCUCUGGUUGCGUUCGGGGAUCUUUCUGAGUUCUCAGACCUGACAGGGAUACCUGCAGAGUACCUGAUCCAGAGUCUGAUGUACAGGCUCCGAAAAUGUGAAGAGCUGUGUGAUAACAACAGAGCAGAGGAGAUUGUAAAGCAUAUUCCUAAAACACUGGACUACAUACUGCGGAAGGUGGACAAAGAUAAGGACAGAAUGAUUGAAUCUGGACAUAUGAAGCAAGCCUUCAUGAGCAGUGUCAUUUUGGCAAAGAAUACAUGCUCAAUUGUGCGACUCGUGCAGUGUUACGACGCUGCAGUCCUGUCCUACCAGCUAGUGCUGAAAAUGGCAGAGAUUGUUGAUGCUGCAAUCAGAAAAGAGUCCCCAGAUGAGUUUGACGCAUCAAAGCAGAAGUUAUUGAGUUCGCUAUAUGACGUGCAGAAGCGAAUCAGCGCGUGGAGAGAUGGAUUGCUGCUAAAACCGAUUCUGACAGCAUCAAAAGUCAGCUAUCCAAAAGAAAUUGAGAUGUGGGACGCGCUGCUUAAGGUUGAAUGCUCUAUUGAAGAAGUUUCCUCUCAGUGGCAACUGAGCCUGAAAAAAGACCUGAAGAAGAGGAUAUCCAAGGCAGGUGAGGAGGACAGAGUUCUGGUCUGCUGCCUUGAGGCAUCCUCCGCAGCCAUAAAGAAAAGCCACGAGGAUGUACAGACCUGUUUCAACGAGCUGUGUCAGUCUGCAAUCAAGAAAAUCUGUGAGAGGAAGAAGGAGGGGGACCUCAUGCGGACUCUCACCUCUAAAGAGAAAGAUCUCCCUGUUUCUGUCGUGUCUGCUGUUGUUGUUGAGUCAGCAGCACGAUUCGGUGACAACUCUGUAGACCAGCUGCUUGAUCCACAAUCUGCCAUCAACCACCUACUGUCUCACGGGGAGUGGAAGUCAAUCCAGGCGGACGACACUGCCUCGGAGGUUGUCCACAGAUGUGUGACUGCUCUGAAGUCUCUGGUGGUGUCUCUGCUUCAAGGAGACGUGCCUCUAGGACACCUGCAGACCUGCCUGAAACACAAAGAGCAGUUUAAGAAACUUUAUCAACAGUACAAGAAAAACAACAAAUCUGAGUCCAUUCCUGUGAGUGCAGAGGCUGUUCUGGACCAGAGAGGGAAGGAUUUGAAAUCUUUCCAGCAGAGGAAACAGCAAAUGGACACACUGUUCAAGAUGAUAGCAAAGGUUACAGAAAGCAUCACAGUUCCUGAGAUGUCGACGCUCGAGCAGCAGCACAGUGCAGACCUGCAGACUGUGGGCCUGAACAAACUGGUGCUUGUUCAGUCCUUUGAUAAAGAUGGGAAGUUGACGAAGACGGGUCCUUCACAGGUCCUCUGGAAUAACACCAGCAUGAAUGUCUUGAAAAUGGCCAGCCAGAUGGACAAGCUGCAUAACAGCAACCUGAUUCUGUCCUCCUGGGUCAAGAGAGCUGAAGAUUUGGCAACCUUGUCAACUCCUGUCACAGUAACCCUAAAACAGAUCUGCGACAACAUCUGGACUCCACUGCUGGCAGAUUUUCUUCAGCUUGGUGUCAGCAUUGAAAAUGCAGAUAUCACUUUCACGCAGCUCGAUGAGGUUGUAUCGAAGUCGGGCGACCAGGGAGAUGGGAAUCUGAUGAAGAGAGAGCUGAGUCUGAUGUCUGAGAUGUUUAGUGAGAUUUCAGGGAUCAAACCUCAGCAGAACUGGGUAGAGCAGAGACUUGCUCAGAUCCAGGAGUAUCGACAGCUCCAUGAGGCAGCAGCUGCAGCCAGUGCCAUGCUUAAAAUCGCUGAAAAGAUGAAGCUUCAUGGGAACUUCACACAAAUUAACACUCUCAGCCAACUGGAAGAAGACACAUUUAAGCAGAGGAACUUGGGGUCCCUCACUGACGACCUGUUACGUGCCAAACAGGAGCUCUCCACAGUCACCAAACAGAACACUGCCUGUCUGGAAGUUUUUCUGGAGAGCCAACAUCUCGUCUACUGGGUCAGAAAGAACCUUAAAAAUAUGAGUGAUGUGAAGGUUUAUGUUGACUUGGCUUCUAUAUCUGCUGGAGAGAACGACACAGAGAUUGACCAGGUCGCCUGUUUUCAUGACGCAGUGAUGGGCUAUGCCCCACUGCUCUACUCCCUCUCCCCUCGAGCUGGCUUUGAGGAGUUCAUGAAUUGUGCUAAGCAGGUGUGGGAGACCCAAAAUAGAGACGAGAAACUACCGGACAAACUGAGAGAGUCUAAUCGAUUGCUGAACUGGCUGCAAGGACUGAAGGAGACCCACGGUUCUGUGGAGCAAUCCUCUCUCUCCCUGGCUUCAUCCAUUAAUGCUCAUGGAGUUUAUCACAUUGGAUGGUCUGAUGAAAAGACAGAGAAGAGAUGUCUACAAAACAUGAUAAAGGUGACAGUGAGACGGGGCAAAGAGGAGAAAAGCUACAGACUAGAAGAGCUGCUGGAGCUGCAGAACAAACUCAUGCUCAUGUCGUCCAAAGGGGAGCACGGCAGAGAACAAGUCAACAGGUUCACAGAGGUUUUUGAAGGAGUUCAGAGACUUGGCACUAUCCUUCUUCAGAUGCAAAUAUCUGGCAACAUACUCUUCAGGAAAUGGCAUGCUCAGGUCCAGUGUCGCCCAAAACAGCAGCCAUGUAUCAGAGUCAUCUUCUUAUCCCUGAUGAGUCAAGAGAUGGAGUACAGCGGUGAGGUGACCGAGCAGCUGCAAAAGCUUGCUCACUCCAUGGAGGACUGUCAGAAAGAGUGGCGCUCCUUUAUCAGUGAGAUGCGCUCCAAAUUCAACUUGCUGAACCACUACACCUCUGAGCAGAUGGUGUACCUGUGUCAUUGGAUACACAAAGUGUGUCAACAGUCUCAGACCUCAGUUCCUCCACAGUUAUGGCAUUUACUGUUUCCCAUAAAGCCCCAGUGCACUCUAGCUGAUAUCAGAGCAGCUUACAAUAAUACAGCAAGUAUAACGUCAAUGGACGAUGAAUUGGAAGAUGCUCAGAGUGUAGGGAGCCACAAUGUGGAGAGUCUUGAGAGUCUCUGGAGACGAUUCAAGGAGGACAUGUCACAGUACCUCACUGAGUACUUGGACAUCUCAACUCUGGCCCAUUUCCUCUCAUGCCUCGCAGACAUGAACCAGCAACAUAUGAUAAGGAACCUUCCAUCAGUUCUGCAGGAGGGAAGACCCAAUCUUGUGCUUUGUCCCAGUGCAGAAGUGUUUACCACCACCCUGUCGUACUACAUGCAGAGUCCAGAGCAGCCUCUGCCAUCUGCUGAUGAGGUUCUAGUCUGCAGAGAGGAAACAUCAGAAGAGGAGGUGGAGAUCUUCCUCCGUCGAGCUCUAGGCCAAGGCUCCAGAUGCCAGAAGAUAUAUUCCCUCGUCAAUCCAGGGCUGCUGGGAUAUGAUGUCAGUGAAGCCUUGUGGGGGCACUUCGAGCUUCUUCAGAGAAGUGCCAACCCACGUUAUCGUUUGGUAAUAGUCAGUUCAGUUGUGCACCAGCACAGAUACGUGCCUUCUUCCUUCAGCAAUUACAAAGUACAGGCUGGUGUGACUGUAACAGCAGAGAUUGCCAGGAAAUAUCUAAACCACCACUUUGCACAAAACCUGCUCCCACAAAACCCUACACCGGUCUCGCCACAUGGGCUUUCAGUGUGGAUGGUUUCAUCUGUACGCCCUGCAGUGGGGAAGUCUCUUUAUGUAGAUCGACUGUUUGAGAAGUUCCAGCAGAGAUCUCACAGUGCAAAACACAUAAGGAUUACACUGAUUGAGCCAAGUGUUGAUAUAGACGCUUUGAUUAAGACUCUAACAGACAGACUGGCAUCCUUGAGAGAGCAGGACCCUGUUCUCUUGCACAUUGACACCGCUGGAGUUCGUUCAGGUCUGGAGGAACUGCUUUUCCAUUUGUUAAUUCUGGGCUGUGUGAGCGACAGUCACGGCUUUCUGUGGAGAAGAAAUCUAGCUCAUUUGAUCACAGUUGAGGUCCAGAGAACAGGCACAUCCCCUCAAAACCAGCCGAAGCAGACAAAGCUCGGACUUCUUGACAUACUGCCUACCAUCCAAUGUAAACCACCAAGAGAAGUUCUAGCCAGUCCACGGGUGUUGAAACAACACAUUGAUCCACUCAUUGAUGAGCAGGAGUUUUGCAGUGAGGGGAUUCAAAGACCCUAUCAGUACUUAAAGCUCUACAAGAACCACCAGAAUCUGGAUCAUUUUAAGUAUCAGGAGGAACACAUUGGGAAUCACUUUGAUUGUCUCAGACACUUUCUGGAAUACUGUGGAAUGGAAGAUCCAUCUUGGGCCGAGCUGAAGAACUUCUCCUGGUUCCUCAAUGUGCAACUGAAAGACUGUGAGAACUCAGUUUUUUGUGAUCCAGAAGUUCUGGCUGACCAGCUGCCCGGCUUCAAGACUUUCAUUGUGAAGUUCAUGAUUCUGAUGGCAAAAGAUUUUGCGUCACCAUCUCUCAACACAUCAGAUGAAAGUCCCAUGCUGCACAUUGAUAACAAUCUGGAGGAUGACCUUCUUAACCGUCUGACAAUUCGUAAGCACUGGGAAAAUGAGUCUCAUCCAUACAUCUUCUUCAAUGCGGAUAGAUUCUCAAUGUCUUUCCUUGGCUUUAACGUGAUGAAACAUGGGAACACACUCAAUGCAGUAGAUCCUCACAGUCCCUCACAAAUCCUGAUAGCAAAUGUGAUGUCAGAAGAACUUUUUCAAGGUUUGCGUAGGAACGCGAUCUCUCUCAGAGAGGACUUUGAUCAGUUGGCCCGGCAAGAUAAAAUCAGAAAGAUUUCCUGUGUUGUUGGUGCAAAGAAAAUUGAUUUUGAUCCAGACCCAACAUAUGAGCUGACUGCUGACAAUGUGAUGAAGAUGUUGGCCAUACACAUGAGAUUCCGGUGUGGAAUUCCAGUUGUCAUCAUGGGAGAGACCGGCUGUGGAAAAACACGAUUGGUCCGUUUCCUUUGUGCUCUGCAGAGGGAUCAAAGAACAAUCGAGAACAUGGUACUUGUCAAGGUUCAUGGUGGAACUACAGCAGAGAUGAUCUACAGAAAGGUGAGGGAGGCAGAGAUGCUUGCUGAGAGUAAUCGUGCACUGCACGAAGUAGACACCAUUUUGUUCUUUGACGAGGCCAACACCACAGAGGCCAUUUUUGCCAUCAAAGAAAUCAUGUGUGACCGAUCAGUGAAAGGGUCCCCUCUGAAGACAGACAGCGGCUUGAAAAUAAUAGCUGCUUGCAAUCCUUACAGGAAGCAUUCACCUGAGAUGGUUGAACGUUUGGAACGUGCAGGAUUAGGCUACAGAGUGAAGGCAAAUGAAACAACAGACCGCCUUGGCAAAGUACCUCUGAGACAGCUGGUGUACAGAGUUCAUCCUCUACCUCCAAGCAUGGCUUCCUUGGUGUGGGACUUUGGUCAGCUGAGUGAUUCAACUGAACUUUCCUACAUCAAACAGAUUGUUCAGAAAAAUGUUGACAUCCAUAAUUUGCCAGUGGUCUGCAAGAAUAUAAUUUCCAAUGUUCUGGCAGCCUCUCAGAGGUACAUGCGGGCUCGAGAAGAUGAGUGCAGUUUUGUUAGUCUCAGAGACGUGGAGAGAUCUAUGAAAGUGCUAGUUUGGUUUUACCAGCAUAGCAAGGUCCUUUUCAAAAACCGCUCUCAUCUUGAUGAGGUUGAGAAAACACUGAAGUGCUUGAUUCUUGCAGUCGGAGUCUGCUACUACCCGUCUCUGGUGGCCAAAGAGGAGUACCUCUCUGGAAUUUGCCGGUUCUUUCCAGACCCAUUCCGCUCUUCAGCGGCAUUGCAGGAAGAAAUUUCUUCAUGUCAAGACUUCUUCCUUAAGAACGUACAGACAAGGGAGACCAUUGCAAAAAAUGUUGCCCUUAAAGAGAACGUGUUUCUCAUGGUGGUGUGCAUUGAGCUCAGGAUCCCACUCUUUCUGGUUGGCAAGCCAGGUAGCUCCAAGUCCCUUGCUAAAACAGUGGUUGCUGAUGCCAUGCAGGGCCAGAACUCCCACUGUGAACUAUUCAAGGAGCUCAAGCAAGUCCAUAUGGUCUCCUUCCAGUGCAGUCCUCACUCAAGUCCCGAGGGCAUCAUAGGAACCUUCAGGAACUGUGCCCGAUUUCAGAAGGACAAAAACAUGGAUGAGUAUGUAUCAGUGGUGGUGCUUGAUGAGAUAGGACUAGCAGAAGAUUCUCCCCAGAUGCCUCUGAAGACUCUGCAUCCUCUCUUGGAGGAUGGUUGCAUUGACAAUGACAAGCCAGACCCACACAUGAAGGUUGGUUUUGUUGGCAUCUCCAACUGGGCUCUUGACCCAGCGAAGAUGAACAGAGGAAUAUUUGUGUCCAGAUGGGAUCCCAGUGAGAAUGAACUUGUGGAAACUGCCAAGGGAAUUUGUGCAUCCUCCAACCCAAUUCUCCUGAAGAUCAUACACCUCUUCCCAUCUUUGGCAAAGGCCUUCUUGGCUAUCUGUGACAAGACCUCAAAUAAUCAGUUCUUUGGUCUAAGGGAUUAUUACAGCUUAGUCAAAAUGAUUUUUGCCAUAGUGAAAUCCUCACAGCAAGAGCCGGAUGGUGGGCAGUUGGUAGAGGCAAUCUUGCGUAACUUCAGUGGACAACCAGAGGAUUUUGACCCCGUCACAUUUUUCCAAGAAGUUAUCCAAAACCUUUUGGAAAUUCCCAGACCAAGCACCUUACAAAUGGUGAAGAAGAAUCUUGAUCAUGAUGCCAAACAGGAGAACCGUUACCUCCUUUUGCUGACCACCAACAAUGCAGCUCUUCAUAUCCUUCAGCAACAAAUCUUUGCCAAAGGAGACUAUCAACCCCCAGAAAUUAUCUUUGGCUCGGGAUUCCCAAAGGACCAGGAAUAUGCCCAAAUCUGCCGUAAUGUGAACCGGGUGAAAACAUGCAUGGAGACUGGGCGUACUGUCAUCCUCCUCAACAUGCAGAAUCUUUAUGAAAGCCUCUACGAUGCCUUGAACCAGUACUAUGUUUACCUCAGUAAGCAGCAAUAUGUUGAUCUUGGUCUUGGCUCCCACAGAGUCAAAUGUCGUGUCCAUACAAACUUCAGACUGGUGGUAGUGGAGGACCAGAAAAAGGUCUAUGAGCACUUUCCAGUGCCCCUCAUCAACAGGCUUGAAAAACACAGGGUGGAUCGAAGCACAGAUCUGGAACCAUGGCAACACAGGAUUCUCCACAAACUGAGGGAGUGGGUGAAGGAAUUCUUGGGUGAGGCUUCAGAGGAUUUCAGGGAGUCUGAUAUUUUCAUUGGCUUCCAUGGUGACGCCUGUGCAAGUGCUCUCUUGCAAGCUCUAGAAAGAGAAAGCAUGCAAGAAGUCGAAGACAGUGCUGUAGAACAGGAUCAACUGGAUGAAAAAGAUGAACCACAGGGAACACUUGAGUCAAGUUUUAACAUACAUGAAGAGGUAACUGUCAAGGAGGAUGACCAGCAGGGUGAUGCAAUGGAUGUAGAGAUAGCUGGAAAAGAGCAAGAAAUUGUGCCAAUGGAAAAGGCAGAUGAUGAAUCCACAGAGUCACGUGAUGAUGAGAAUAAAGUGGUGUCUGAGAGCGAAGAAAAGAUGGAGACAGAAACUGAUGUUGGAUCAACUGAGGAAAAUGAGGAAAAACAAGUCUUAGAAUUAGCCAAAGUUCUCUUGUUGAACUGUGCCACCCCUGACGCUGUGCUGAGGCUUAAAUACUCAGAUUUAGAAAACCAAGAAAGGCGGAAACUCCAAACAUUCUACUUUGAGCAACAACAUCACCACUCGCUCCGAGAUUUCCUAGAAGAUUACCAACACAAGCAUCAGGACUCCAGCAGGUUUCUAGAGAUCACUACAUUCUCCAGCUUGUUGACCAAAUCAGAUGUCAGAGUAGUAGCUCAUACUCUAGGACUUCACACCGACAAGAUCCUCCUGCUCUCACUACACCAGUUUGACACUGAGGUCUCCUUCUGCAGCAAGAUACGGGGCUUCCUUCAAGAUGCUGGACACUCUCUUCACCUUCUGAUAAUCCAGAUGGACCUUGAGGAACCCCAGUGCAAUGACGAGCUCAUAGCAUCAGCAAAGUACUGCACCAUGAAUUACCUGAUGUCACGAGAAGAACAGACAUGUUGGGUGAUCUUCAUUGUGAAGGUUUCCAGGAUCCCUAGUCAAUCGCAGUACAUUGGUUUCCAAGGAGGAGUUUGGAACUCAGUGCACAUUGAUGACCUGAGGGAUUCAGAUGACAUGAGCCUGAACUUGUUGGUUUUCCGUGGAACUCUCAUUAGCAGCCUACUCAAGCCUGCACUGUCAGGUAGUAACUGUGCAUUUUCUGAGCAUUAACAAGCAGGAAAAGCCCACCUCUGCAGCCUAUCUUUAGUGAGAUCAUGCAUCCAAAAAGCAGUGGGUUUGCUGCGGGACCCCGACAACAUGAUGUCACGAAGCAUGCAGCGGAUGCAAAUCCUUCUGACUCUUCUGGGAACUGAUCAAAAGCACUUAGGAGGUCACUUUCAGAGGGUAUUGUUGAGUAGACUGGCAGAGGCCUCGGCACAGAAUGAAAAGAUGAAGGACUCUCCCAAGGAGUGGAUGAGCAAAGAAGCCAAGAAACGCCAGGCUCUACAAGAGGGGGGAACUCUGAGACACACCCUGUGGCGCUUUCUUCAGUCCACUGUGACUCCGAUCUUGGCCAGCAUGUUGGAAGUUAUGGACAGGUACGCCAAUCUGGACCAGCUCUCUGAUGACAGGCUCAGCGAGGGCCGGGUUAAGCUGUGGUUGGACAUCUUCGCAGAUUCACAGAUUUUAGACCUAGCACCUCACCAAAACACAAGUGUGGCAGAUCAGGAAGUGCCUGUGCAGCACUUCUUCAUGUUGGACGGUGAACAACAACCAAGUGCUGCUCCAUUCAGCUGGCACAUCAAAAUGCACCUUGAAAACCUGUGGGAAGAAUCUGAAUUUAUGCCAGUAACAAAAGAUGGAAGCACAGAGAGGAUUCUUCAGUUUGUGAGCACCUUCAACAACAGCAGGCUGGCCAUCCACUUCCAGAGCCUCUCAGACACAGAGCGAUUGGAGUAUGGCCACCACUAUCUCCAAGACUUUCUGCUGCUUUCUUUGAAGAUCAAAUCAAAGGAUGAACUAAGGGUUCUCACCAGGGCCAUGCUGGGCUGCGUGUCUGAGCUUCAGAGGUCCAUGGGAGCAGACCCUGAGCUCUCUCCUGCUUGGAUAAUGGCUUCUGCCAAACAUUUUGAGCUCAGACUGGACACACUCUGCCACAUAUUUCUGCUGCAGCCCGAGCUGGCUGAUGAUGUCUUUCGACAGGGACCAAAGACAGAGACUCUGGAAAUGAUGGACGACAUUUCAGCUCUGGGUAUCUGUGUCGAGCAGACCAAACUUCUGACUGUGACUUCUCUGCAUGAGUGUGAGUCAUUUGUGAGCAGAGUGGAGUUCCUGCAGCCGUGUCUGGACAGAGCGUUUGGUCAGAAAUACAGUGCUCUGUGCAGUGCUGGCUGUCUGCAACAUCUGGACUCCAUCAGGUCACUGUGGCAUGGGAUGCUGGUUGUUGCAUCUUUCAUCCAGCACAUCAUUUUAAAAGUUAAAGAGGAUGACUCUAAAAUGAAAGAGCUGGCUUUAACACACUGCAAUCUUCACCUGAACCUGAUGCAGGAGUCGCCUGAUGUGAGGAGCGUGGACACAUUGCGGCAGCUGAUCCGCAUCCUGAACUCUUACCACGAUGAGUGUAUCAGCAGAGAUCUCAGGUUUGGCAUGUCCUGCCCAGUUUGCCUGUCGGAGCUCACAGAGCCGUCCGUCCUCCCCUGCAAGCACAUCCUCUGUCUGCCAUGUCUCCAGCGCUGUAUUCAGUCACAGAGACAUAGUUGUCCCACAUGCAGGACACAGCUGCCACCAAACUUUAAGCCGGCUGUUUCUCCAACCAUCAAGGCAGCACUUCAGCAGCAAGCGGAGGUCAGGAGCUGCUGUAACUCCUUCUUCCUGGAGGUGGUGUCCAGGUUCUGUCUGUCAGAGGGGCAACGUCCAGGAGAGGGAGUGGUGGAGCUGCUCUUCUCCCUACUCGUCUCUGCUAAUGGAGAUGUGUACAGGACCAGACAGCUGUCUCCUUUCCUGCAGUGUGUGGACAACAGUCCGGUGGUUCGCUCUGUGCUGCCAAAACUCCUGCUGCAGUACAGUUUUGACCAGGCAAAGGCUCACAUUCAGAUCUACCUGAAGAACCUGAAGGAGAACCUUCUACAGAUAGAAGACCACACUGAACUCUACCUGCUGUUUGUCAACUGUUUCCAGGACUCUCUGAUGUCCUCUGAUGCGAGAGAAGUGGAGCAGAACAGAGAAGAGCAGCGGCAGGCAGAAAUGCGAUUCCUGAGCAGGAUGGCCAGGAAACAGACUCCAGACAGGCAAGCAGACCCGGCAGAGUUCCUGCUCAGCACAGCCAGGCUGAGGAUCUGUCUGACCACGGCUGCACGGCUGUUGAAGAACGCGGCUGAAGGAAAGGCUGGCAGACUUGGGGAGGUGGAAGCUAAUCAGUACCUGCAGGAGGUGAAAGCGGUGUGUGAAUAUUGUGGUGAUGACUGGAUUCGGGUUUACCUGCUGCGAGCCCUCGACAGAGUCUCCGGUAUGGACUGCAUACUGUCCCUGAUGAACAUCCCCACCUGGAGAUGGGUCUUUCCACCAGACCUCUUUCGACUUCAGAGGAUGACUCCAACCAAGAUGGACCAGUUCCUCUGCUGUGGGGCGUCUUACCGAGCUCUGAGAGACGCCAUGGUCCAAUUUCUGUUGGACAGAAAGAACAACCUCUUGACAGAAGUAAAGAAGCUGAGCGGUUCUCAGAUCAGCCUCCUGGCUCUGGCCGUGUUCAGACAGAUCACCUGCCGCUACAAAUCACCUGAUACCAACAUCCAUCCGACAGCACAGGAAAGAACAAGACUGGAAGAGUUCCUGAAAAACGUCAAAUCAAAGGAGUUCAGGGAUUUCUGCACGUCACUUCUUUCAAAUCAUAUCGGCGGGCCACGAUCAAGCCUCUGCAUCAACCCGAAUCUGUCAGGCCAGAGACAAACCCUCCUGGAGCUACUGGUCCAUCUCAACUCAGUGCUCCUCAGUGGAAAUACUCUACUGCUUCCUCUCCACCACAUAGCUUUCCAGCCUCAAAAUGUUACAAACUACUUCCUGCCAACCAUGCCAGAAGAUCACACAAAUGAAGCCAGACAGUGGCUGACUAAAGAGGAUAGACUGCAAGCAUACUAUUGUGCUAAAGGACAUCUGUGCUUUGUUGGAGGGUGUGGUAAACCAGUGGUCAGAUCAAGAUGUCCAGACUGUGGAAGUCCAAUUGGUGGAGAAAAGUACAACCCAGUUCAGGGGUUUACUCGGCACAGAGGACAGAGAGAUGAAAUCUGGACAGGGCACAUAUUAGGAGAGGCCCGUCAGAGGUCUGAUGCCCCUGAAAGACAGAUGACAUACGUUCAGUCCUGCGUCCUGCGGCUGCUCACACACCUGGCCAUGCUUCAAGGCGCUGCUGGGAAUGACAGAGGAGUCAGUGACAUGAUCCACCCCAGGCCCUCUUUAGAUGUUUUCAGCUUUCUAUGGAAACACCUCGAGAAGGACAUGGAUGUGUUGGGGAAGGCUCUGGACCAGAAUAUGGACAACACAGCAGUUACAGUUCAUCUGAUUCUCAACACCUGCACAGAAUUCAAUACAGUUUCCCGAGGUGCCAGACCUGAUUUGUCCACCAUAGAAGGACGGAAGCAGUGGGAGAAGCUCGUCUGUGAUUCUACCAUCAAUCCAAUAAUUAAAGCACCCAGACGCAUUUUGGCUGAAGGUCAGGAAGCAAUUGCUGCUGAUGAUGGAGUUGCUGGAAGCCCCCUGAUGACUGUCAUCUCCGGGGAUCCCACCGCCAUGCUGUCCCUCCGCUCUGACAGCCCGACACAUCGCUCCUCCUUCUGGACUCUUCCCCAAACGAUGACAGUGGAGCGCUUCUCUCAGUUGGUGGGAGAAGCACAGGGAUGGAGCUCUUUGUCACUGCUGGACUUGUUUCUUAAUAAGAUUCACUGUUUGAGGCAGUUACAUCACCUGCCAGAGCUAGCGGCGUUACAGUCGGACCUGCUCAGGGUCUUUCCUCCGACGUCAGACUCCACGCCUCCAACUAUCGCACAGAUGUUACAGCAGAUACCAGCAGGCUAUCAGAAGAAGCUGCUGGAGGAGAGAGUGAAGAAUUUCAUCAAGGUGUGGAACUGCCUCAGAGCAGAGGUGGCAAACAAAUCAACAGAUUUGGGUAAGAAAGAGGUAACAACCGAGAGCUCGGGGGAGUUUCUGACACCGAGCCGACACGGACCGGGGUCGUGUCUCCGAGAUCUGGUUGACUUCCUGACGGAGACUCACAACAGCGUGGUGAGAGAGGCCAGGAAAGUGAGCCGCCAGGAGGACAGUGAGUACAAUGUUCCUUUGGAGAGGAUAUCAGAAACCCAGCUGAUUCAGUGCCACCCAGAAAGAGAGCUGCUACCUCUGGUUUUAGCCCACUGCCACUACACCCUGAAGAAAGGCGGGGAGACCGACAGAAGCUACGACCUGCCAGGAAUCCAAACCCAGCUGGUCCGACGAUUCAUGGCUGGAAAACCAAUUAUCCAAGCGGACACCUCGAGGUUCUUGAACAGACAUCUUCAGGAUUUCUCUGUGAUCCUAAGUGAGGUCAGAGGAAAGAUUGAUCAGGAACCGCUGAAGGGUUCGGUGAGCAGCGCCAUGAGAACUGUGCUGCGCUCAUACACGGAUGUUUGUGAUGCUGUGCACGUGGUGGAGAUUGGCCUACGUUUCCUCGGCAAGACGGGCGGGGAUCCUCACGGUCAACUCUUGCCCUACCUCACUGAUUCUCUACAGAUGCGGGAACAGAUUUCUAGCACUGUAGCCAAGGGUCUUACUGGGUGCAAACUAGAACACAGCAUAUCCACCUGGCAGCUCCUAACUUGUUGGAAAUCUGAGCUUAUGCUGGACAGAAAGCAAGACCCGUUUCGGCGACUGCCCCCAAAGUUCCAGCAGAAGCUGUCAGAGGAAGGAAAGAAGGGGCUGAAGGUUUUCCUCCGUGCCACAGAUGUUGACGCUUUCUGUUUGGAGCUGCAUGAAAUUCUGCUGCUGAAGACGAGCGCCACCAUGCCAGACGACGGUUACCAACCUCACUGGGAUAUCAGGUCCACCUUGGAGAUCCAUUUGGAGCAGAAGGAUCUUCCACCUCUGCUGGAGCUGGAGACGUUACCGGAGGAGAUCCUAGUGGCACACGGGGCUGAUGUGUGGAGGACAGCUGUGGAGUUCAAAAGAAGAUAGAUGAUUUCUGCAGAGAGCUGAUUUAUAGCUGAUAUUUUUUCUUUUAUGCAACUUAUUUGUGUUAUUAUUGAUGUUUGUUUUCGGAUAUCUGGAUUACAAUUGACUGUCUAUAAUGAAUCAUUCCAUGUCAUAGGGCAUAUUCUGAUUAAAUGUGCCUUCCUCUGAUGUAAAUAUUGUAAAUGUUCAAAUUAUGACUUGAAUUUUAAUAUUGUUUAACUAAUAGAUAAUCACAGGCUUGUGAAAUAAAUAAAGCUGAAGCUUAUUUUAUACAAUCAGAAAUUAAUGUCAGGGAUCAAUA